AGUGCAGCUUGUUAGCUAUAAAAGGGUGGCAAAGGAAGAAGAAAAAUCUACACCUCAACGAAAUCCACUCGUAGGGAAAUCAGAGUAGUCCACCAGUACUCCGCCACCAUGAGCACCAGCAACUUGCUUCUGAGUAACCCAUUUCCCACCAGUUUAUGGGGAGACAAAACCACAAUUAAGGGAUUGAAAUACACGUGGUCAAAGUCGGAGAUUUCGGUGGAUGUCAAUACUUGGAUCUAUCCGCGUGUAGAUAUACCAGAAUUUCCCUUGACAGAAUUAAGUGGGUUAGUGCAGAAAGUAGUGAAAGAAGGGAGUUCCUUUAAAUCAAUUGUGCAAAUAGCUAGGGCUGUUGCAAGCACUGCUCUGACAGAGAAUGACUAUAUAUCUGCCGUUAGUGUGUCUGUGAAGGUUGACAACCCUGAGGAAGCACUGGCUGAUUCCACUGAUUCUUGGGCGGGUGAAGCUUUUCGCUUCAAGGGCAAUUAAACACCAUCUCAUUCUCACCCACCAGAUCCAUUCAAGAAAAUAACGAAUACAUAAUAUUUGUUGUUUUCUUGGAUAGAUCAGAAGUUUAAAUUGCUUUUCACGAUUAUGUUGCUGGCUUGCAUGUCGUGAUUGUCGUCUUUCUCUUCUGAAUAAACUUAGAAUAAAGAGAUUAUUGUCUUAAUUGAUAAUCUCCCUAUCAGUUGUGUUAUGUAUCGAGUCUGAAUAAAUGAAGCCAAGUUGUACGUUGCUUUCUGCAUGCUAGUAGUGUAAUUUAAUUUCAGAAUAAUUUUACGUACGCAUCUACCAUCCAAUGUUAUUUUAGCUUUCAUUUAUACUACAUAUCUAAAUGGGGGUGCUUAUGGUAUAUAUGUUUCACUUUCACACUUUCACUCCGAUCAUAUAUUUUUCUUAUAAAUAAAAGUGGUUAUCUAUUGUGACUAAUUAAUAAAGUACUAUAUCAAGUUUAUGGAUUAUUCUUCCUGUCA